AUGGUGUUACAAGAGCCAAUGAUUUUUAAAGAGUAUCUACAACCGGCUUCAUGGAUUGAGGGGCCGCCUCCAGGGUCAUCCUCAGGCUCGUCAACAGACAUGGGGCCGUCAUCUUCAUCGUCGUCUCCGUCACCACUAUCGCGAACUUGCAAGCCGCAGCCUCGGCUGUUUGGGCAUGGUACUAUACCUGAGCUUGAAACUUUUGAAGGUGUGAGUUAUGUCAAGAACCAACAACUGGGUGGAUUCCGGGCGACACAGCUACUAGCGCUGACGCAUCCUGUACUCAGCGGACGGCGCAAACGACGGGCACGGAGGUUAUUUCUGCAAGCAACAUUUGGAAAUGCACCUGUAGGAGGUAUAGUGAGUGCACAGGAUGUUGCGAGCGCGCACGACCGGGUAGCCCUUAUGGAACAGGAUCAUGGACCGGUGCAAGAGUCCGAGCAGGAGAAGAAGAAGCGUAUUAAGAAACCGAAACCAUGCAACGACAGUGGUCGAAGGUUUGGUGUUCUUAGUGAUUACAGUCAGGGUGUGGUCGAUAAUUUGUUAUCGAUAAGCAAGGGCCAAGAAACUGAUAAUGUCCAAUCUAAGGUGGCAUUAGUAGAAAAGGGCAGCACAAGAACUAACAGGAAUACAUCGGGAAGCAGAAAAUUGGUCACAUUUGCCGUUGAAAAGAACCCGAAGGAGGAGGAUGAAGAGGCGAUAGUGAUUUUAGAGGAGUCCGGUGUGCCGGAAAAUACCCUAGGCGCCUCAACUGGAGAGAGUGUUGUCAGCCAAACUCCGUCAGCAACAGCAGUGACAUCACCACCACUACCACUAAGAAAUUCAAAUUCAAAUUCAAUUUCAACUUCAACUUCAACUACAACAGCAUUAGCACCAAAAAGGUUUACGUUGGCCUUACAAACUGGACCCAACAAUAGCACAUUUUGGAUUGGCAGUGUCAACGAAUUCAGUCGAAAAUCAAGUUUUAGUACAGGGAAUGAUGGUGAUGAUAGUGGCAGCGGGAAUGGUGGUGGGGAGAAUGGGUCGCCGGUACUGAUCCCAGUGCCUGUGACUUCAACAGGCAGUGGAGGUGGAGGAAGCAGCAACACAACCAGCGCAAGCAACAGCCUACGAGAAAGUCUGAAGUUUUCCUACCCAAGAUCGACUUCGAUCUCAACAACGGACACGUCUCCAACACUGCCAAUUAGUUUUUUUGGAGGGAAGAAGAAUGUUGGGACUGUUAGCGGGAGUAGUACAAGCUCUGGUGGUGGUGGGACCCUUGCUAGCCUCUUUGGCAAACCCAAUCGCAACCGUGGAUCAACGACGGCAGCAGCCGCCGCACGCAAGGCUGGAGGUACUGAAGCUGUUAGUGGCAACGAUAAUGGUGGGGCUGGCAGCCGUGCCAUGUCUUUGGAAGUCAACAAUAUGAUGCUAGUCAUGUCUGGCAAGGCUGGGGUCGACAAGCCAUGGAAACCACUGGGAGCGUCUCUUGAGGAUUUGUUUUUCCCCAAACGGUACCGGAGACGUGGGAGCAAGGACAGCAUUAGUUCGGGUAGUAGUAGUCUGACUAAUAUAAGAGUUCCAACAAAUGAAGAAGGGGGAGAGGAAGGUGGAACCAAUAACGAGGGAGGAAGCAGUAGUAAGGAAGAGGAUGGGUUGGCAGAAGUUGAGGAAGAGGAUGAAGAAGAAGAGGCUCAAGCUGAUGGCGAAGCUGAUGAUACUGAUACCGAUACAAAUUUAAAACUACAGUCAAUUGAGCAUAAGCCAUUAAAACAUUUUGGGGAAAAAUCAGCGGAAAGCGAGAAGAAGUCAAAGAAACUCCGUGACAAUGGGUUCUAUUUGUUCCCAUUAUCUGGAGUUUACUCUGAGAUGCCAUGGCUGAAUGUAUUGCAUACCAAAGUUUCGAAUGAUUUGACUGAAAGGUACAAGAGCCCUGAUGGUUUCCUUUUGGGGACACAGCAAGUACCUGAGCAAGAAAAGUUGGUUAUGAUUUUAAACGAAGAGGACUUGGAUUAUUUAACAAAUGUUGAAACUACCACAGAGCUUUUGAUACACCGUACAGAUUUUUUCCAAGAUACUCGGGAUGUCACUCCCAACAGCUUUGGAAGUCCCCAAACAUAUGGACAACAGUGGUUGCGAGAAUGGCAGCGAGUUCGGGGGAUGCCUCAAGAGCAGGCUGAGGAGAUGUUUGCACUUUAUAUGCGCGAGACAUACUUGGAAGUAAGGGAAGAUUUGAUGAGGAAGGCUGAGUUAAGACAAGAAAUGGAGAUGAAAUAUGAAGCUGAGCAGAAACGAUAUUUGAGAACGAAGAAACAGGAGAUUAGACUGAGGACUGGAGAGAGCCACAAUGUUGAGAUCAAGAAAAAGAAACGACCAGUGAAUUACAGUGCUGCCACUGGCCAUGGCCAUAAGAACAGAACCAGUUAUGAGACUUAA